AUGCGAGUCACUCAAAAUUUGAAUAAUAACAAUUCUUCAAACAUCAUCGUAGACAUACAAAAUAACGAAAAUAUUACAAGUAAUCCAAGCAAAAUCUUAGCUCCCGCCGAAACUGACUCUGCAACGUCAGCUGCGUUGUUUCUGGACACAACUUUGAACACAGACCCCAAUUUUAAAAAUACAGAUUCGGCUGAAGAGUCUUCUAUUUCCGAUAGUUCUUUCUCAGAUUUAUAUCAUCCAAUGACGGUUACAACGAAGGCUACGACGACUUCGACAACUGCUUCAAUUUCAAGACAACCGGAUAAAAAACUUAAAUAUGGUUUUUUAUCAAGCUUACUAAGUAGUAACGGUUCUUCCCAUUCUAUAUCUUCCACGUCGUCUGGUACAGAUGUACAAAAGAAAAAGUCUUCAAGUUCAACUGAAUCAAGUUCUAAACAAAAGUUAUUCAAGUCUUGGGGAAAUACUCAAGAUAAUGAAUAUAAGAACAUAGAAAAAGCCUUAUCGAAAUUUCAGUCCAAGGAUCGUCAUAAGGUGGAUGUUUUAAAAUCGCUAAUCCCUUGGCUCAAAAAAUAUACAACAGACCGGAUAGGGCCAAUUCCUCAUAUGGACACCACAGAUACAUAUAUGGACAUUCCAAUUGAUAUCAUAAUAACAUAUCGUGCUGCUUUAAUGUCAACUUUGCAUUAUGCAAUUGAUAGACUUAAUCAAAAGGGCGUUUAUUCAAAUGCAUUGCCAGUAAGCAAAUCACAUAUCAAACGAAUAAUAAAGGAGACGGUCGGUGAUGACGAUUCAAGUCUCGAUCGUAUGACAAAACAGAAUGAAAAAAUUUCUACUUUGUUCCCUGAACAUUUGAAAAUUUUAUGCUUCUUAAAUUUAAAAUUAUGGUGGCGGCAGUUUGAAAAUGCCAAACGCAUUUGGGGUGAACCACCUAUAGAAAUGAGCGGGAAUUGGAUAAGGCGUUGGCAGAGUGAUGACAGUGAAUUGUUUUUUUCGUUUUAUAAACAUUAUCAUAUCGUACUCAAAGCUUACCUCGCGUCGCAUUUAACUGCUUCCGGAUCAGUUAAAAUCAUGACACCUCCGUUUGAGUAUAUAACCGCACCAGGUUACAUUCACCUAGCAUCAUUUUUUCUUCUAAAGAUCGAAUCACUCAUACAUCGUAAUAUACAUACUAUUACGACGGUAAUUCAGUUUGAACAUCCAAGGGGGAAUGGAAAUGCCAAUAACGUUAAUCAAGGAAGUAAUAAUGGAAUAACUAAUGCCAUGAAUCCUAAUGCAGCGGCUAUUGGGAUGGGAUCGUUACCUACCACUAGCAUUAAUGGAGUUGUCGCAGCAAAUGCAGAUGCGAACGGAAACGUAGCUUUAGGAAUGAUGAACGGAGUUACUGUUGGUAAUGGAAAGCCCAAGGUUUUAGAAAUGGCGGGCCGGAGAUUUGUUGAGACCGUGGUUUCUAUAGUUGAGAUCGGCUAUUUCCAAGAGAUGUGUAACAUUUGGAUUAAUGCUGUGGUAACGAAGACAAACAUGUAUGAUGUUGAAGGUGUAUUUUGUUUAUUAGAUUUUAUUGACACAUUAAUUUUGGAAUUGGAUGCUAGAGAUAGUAUUGUUUCUUCAGAGUCUACAUCAUCCAAUUCGAACAGUGCUAGUUCAGAUGGUUCAUCAAGUUCUCCAUUCACCGCACCAAAUCUUAUAAACAUACUCGAUAUUCCUUCUUAUAUUUCUCUUUUCAAGCUUCUCCUCGAAGAAUCAGAUCACACCAUUACUAUUCUAAGGACAAUAAGCUUUAUUUAUACACAUUUUUUUCUUUUAACUUCACAACCCGCUUAUCUCAAACAAUUAGUUAAGGAAAUACUUUUAAACGAGGAUAUGUUUGAAAGAUUAUUUUGUCAUUGGUCAAGAAAUGUGAGAAUAUAUUAUAUGCGCUUGUUAGUGUGGCGUUUAGGAAAGAUUGGAGGCGGAGUCGGAAAGCACGAUGAUAAUAAAGAUCGAGAAAUUAGCGAUAGCGGCGUAAUUAUCGAAGAUAACGAAGAAAUAGUGAUUGAUAUUUUAAUCACAUUACAAAGUCGCCUAGAUGGUAUGCGACUAUAUCAUGAAUUUCUAUCCAAUUAUGCAGGAGACAUGGAGGAUGUGGAACAAGUUUUUAAGGCAAAAAUGGCUGAAUCAAUGGCCGAAUCAAUGACUGAAGGCAAUUCAAACCAAAUUUACAAUAGUAAUAAUGAAGAGUUACAAAAACAAUCAAUAGUUGAACCUCAAAAUGUGUCAUCAUCAUCAUCUGUUUUGUCUACUUCAACUUCAACUAUUUCAUCAUCUAUACCAAAUAAAAACCGUAGAUCAAAACUGCCAUUUAUCCCAUCUGGCAAAGAAACGACAGCAUCAUGCUUUAUUCGUUGGAUGUUUCCAAGCGGAUCGAACAAAUCUUCCAACUCUAAUAAGUUGGAACAAAAAUCAACGGCUCCGUCACCAACGUCACCUACUUCGCCAACGACACCAUCAAUUCCUAUACGCACAACAAGUAAACCAACAAUACAUCCAUUAGUAUGGCGUUAUGCCUUUCACAGACAUACAUAUGCAGGAAAAGCGAUAUCAGAGUACGAAUCUGUUAAUCAAGAAUAUGCUGAGUGGUGUGCACAAGUUGCAAAUGUUGAAAGAGAAAAUUUAAGUAAUGGUAAUGAAGUUAAUAAUAUCAUUUCCGGAACUAAUUCUACAAAUUCGAUGACGAUUCGAUUUCCAGGGUUGAUAGUGGAAUAUCCGAAAUAUUUUGGAAAUGGGUUUGCAAAUUCUCCAUUGAUUUAG